CGGGGACCCGGCGUGGGCGGAGGAGCCUUCCGACCCGCCGAUCGGCCGAGGCUUUCGCGUCGGGCGCCCGUCGGGUCGCCGUGUCCCCCGCGCCCCGCUGCUGCCGCCCCAAACUUUGGCCGGCGCCGCCCAGGCUCCGUGCCAGGGACAAGCCAGGGCCGCCGGGUCCUACGCGGAGGCAGCGCGCAGCCGGGCGCACCGUGUCGCCCACCUCUGCCGGGCGCUGGGCGUUCGAGGUGGGGCACGGCGCUCGCCGCACGCUCCUCAUGAACCGAGAGCUCCGGGUCAAGGAGAACAGUUGACACUGACCCUCUUUCUUUAAGGAGCAAGGAAUUUUCGAGAUGAAUUAUACUGAGUCCAGCCCAUUGGCAGAAUCAACUGCAAUAGCUUUUACACCUGAGUUAGAGAGCAUCAUACCUGUGCCUUCCAAUGAGACCACUUGUGAAAACUGGAGAGAGAUACAUCAUCUAGUUUUUCAUGUAGCAAAUAUUUUUUUUGCAAUUGGGUUGAUUAUUCCAACUAGUCUUCACCUUCAUAUGAUACUUCUUAGGGGGAUGUUUACUAUAGGAUGUACCCUUUACAUCGUCUGGGCCACUCUCUACCGAUGUGCCUUGGAUGUCAUGAUCUGGAACUCUGUGUUCCUGGGUGUCAACGUUUUGCAUCUUUUAUAUCUUUUGUACAAGAAAAGACCGGUGAAGAUUGAAAAGGAACUCAAUGGCAUCUACCGGCGGUUGUUUGAACCGCUCCGUGUGCCUCCAGAUUUGUUCAGAAGAUUGACUGGACAGUUCUGCAUGAUCCAAACCUUGCAAAAGGGCCAGACUUAUGCUGCAGAGGAUAAAACCUCAGUUGACGACCGUCUGAGUAUUCUCUUGAAGGGAAAAAUGAAGGUUUCCUAUCGAGGACAUUUUCUGCAUAACAUUUACCCCUGUGCCUUCAUAGAUUCUCCUGAAUUUAGAUCAACUCAGAUGCACAAAGGUGAAAAAUUCCAGGUCACCAUUAUUGCAGAUGAUAACUGCAGAUUUUUAUGCUGGUCAAGAGAAAGAUUAACUUACUUUCUGGAAUCAGAACCUUUCCUGUAUGAAAUAUUUAGAUAUCUUAUAGGAAAAGACAUUACAAAUAAGCUGUAUUCAUUGAAUGAUCCCACUUUAAAUGAUAAAAAGGCCAAAAAGUUGGAACACCAGCUCAGCCUCUGCACACAGAUCUCCAUGCUGGAAAUGAGGAACAGCAUAGCCAGCUCCAGUGACAGUGAGGACGGCUUACACCAGUUUCUUCGGAGCACCUCCAGUGUGUCCUCUCUUUAUGUGUCGUCCCCACACCAGCGAGCCUCUGCCAAGAUGAAGCCAAUAGAAGAAGGGGUGGAAGAUGACGACGAGGUCUUUGAACCUGUGUCUCCAAAUACAUUUAAAGUCCAUCAGUUGCCUUGAUCAGAGAGAGGAGUCAAGUUACCAAGAUGGAAAUUGUCUUGAAAAGAUCCUGAAAAAUACCAGCACUUUUUCACAGCUUUUCGGUUAUUCUGUUUUAGUACAUGCAGACUGGUAGAGUCCGAGGGCAGGAAAGUGAGGAAGAUUAAACAAUGGGAAGGGUAUUUUAGCUCUCCUGUUUAUUGGUCAGCUUUUCAAGUAAUUGUUUUACUGAGCCUUCUGACUAAACCUAGUUCUAUUUUGAGAUAUAUUUUUUCACAGAGUUUUCUAGAUAUAUUAUCAUUUUAAAUUUAAAAACUCUUAGUGCUCUGUCACUGCAAAUGCUUUCACUUAUUUUUCCGAGUUGUGGUUCAUUUUCCUCACAGACAAUUUUUUCUCCACCGCGGCAAUGGGGUUGUCCUUUUGAUAGUUUUAACAAACAAUGUAAGUUUGAAAUUGAGGUUGAGGUAA